AGGUUUUGGGGACAAGGUUAUUAUUAUUAUUUAGCAUAAGCGGUACUGGAGGUAGGGGAUGCGCCCUCGCUGCGGUAACCAAGCCUUUUGAAAUGCAAAGAUGUUAGUUACUUCCUACAGGGUGUUGCUUUUCUCCGAAGGCAUGCUUGGAGUUGCCAGAAGGCAUGCUUGGAGUUGCCAGCGUUUCGAAAGGGAAGAUGGAGAAACUCAAGGUUUCCCGAAGCCUUUUACAAGUACCAUAAUGCAGUCAUGCCGAUUAAAAUCAGGGAGUUUCUGCUGGGAAAUCUGAUAAUGGGACGCGCUUGUGGUUCUAGAUGUCCUGCAAGUGCCCAGAGUGGGGUGAAAGGAGUGAAUAUUUGCUGAAUGUGAGGAACAAUUUCCUUUAGUGAAGGAGGUAGUGAACAUUUUGGACUUACAAUGGCAUCAUGUCCUGACUGAUGGGGCUCUAGCAGAGGUUUGGGGGAAGGAAUGAUGCCGCCUAUAUAGGCAGUGGUGUGCUGAUAGUUGCUUGGGCACUAGAAUCUUAUACCUCUAGUUAUAUGGAAACCAGACUAGGAAAGUGUUUGGUUUUGUAGAUUUCCCCUGGCACAGUUCCUGUUUUGUGUAAAAAAGGCUUGUGAUCACUUGGCCUAUGGGAAUUAAAUAACUCUUAAGUUAAUUGCUUUAACGUUGUUUCUUUUUUCUCCUAUCCUGCAACUCUUUAACUCAUUUCAGUCAGAUACUCUAACCACUCUGCACUGAAGAGGAAGGAGUCCCUUCUUCACCUCUUGAAGAAGUUAGGAAGUCUAGUGAGACAAGAAUUAAACUUGUAGUGCCCUGUUGGAUCUGGAAACCUGCACCUUUAAGGACAGAUGUGGCUCACAAGAACAGCUUAACUUGGAUCAGAAGGCAGUGGAGAGCUAGGUGACAAUGGCAGGUGAAGACUGUGUAAGAAAACGCCAGUCUGGCUCCACUACAACCAACAAGAAGCCUGAGAAUGAAGAAACACAGAAGAGAACUGAGAAUGAGAGGUCAUUUCAAAACUCGAGCAACGGGCGGGUCGAUGUUGACCAUGUGAUAACAAGGAAAAUGCAGCUAAUAGCAGAAGCUGAGCAAUUGAAGCCAGCUUUCAUGAAGGAAGUAGACAGUCACUUCACGGAGUUUGUGAACAGUUUGGUGGCAAAAUCAGCACUCCUGGAUUCCUCAUCUCCAGCCUCUCUCUUCCCAGCUUCCUGCUCAGAGAAGGAGCUGCACAAAGCCAAGACCCUGAGGGCCCCUCCAGAACAUGGGAAGAUUUUUACUGCCAGGAGGUCCCUCUUGGAUGAACUGUUUGAAGUGAGCCACAUCAGGACGAUCUACCACAUGUUCAUCGCUCUUCUCAUUGUCUUCAUCCUGAGCACGCUUUUAGUAGACUUCAUUGAUGAAGGAAGGCUGGUCCUAGGAUUUGAUCUCUUGGUCUUUGUUUUUGGAAAGUUCCCAGUUGUCUUCUGUACUUGGCUGUGCAUGUUCUGUGCCACAGUUACUGUCCCAUACAACCUUUUUGUCUGGUGGGCCCAAGGCUACAGCAGUUCCUCCCAUCGUGGAAUCCGCUCUCUCUUCUAUGGGGUGUUGUUCAUGCUCUUCCAAACAGCUGGGCUGGGAUUUGGACCAACAUAUAUCGCUAUAACAUAUGCCCUGCCUCCAGCUUCCCGUUUUAUUGUAAUACUGGAACAGGUUCGUCUUGUUAUGAAGGCUCAUUCAUUUGUCCGGGAGAACGUGCCCAGAGUCCUGUCCUCUGUAAAGGACAAAUCCAGCACAGUACCUAUUCCCAGAAUUUCUCAAUACCUGUACUUCCUCUUUGCUCCCACCCUCAUCUACAGAGACAACUAUCCCAGGAAUCCCACGAUAAGAUGGGGCUAUGUAGCUACCAAGUUUGCACAGGUGCUUGGCUCACUUUUCUAUGCCUACUACAUCUUUGUGAGACUCUGCAUUCCUCUGUUUCAUAACAGUAGUCAAGAAACCUUCAAUCUUCGAGGGCUGGUCCUCUGUAUCUUCAAUUCCAUUCUGCCAGGUGUCCUGAUUCUCUUCCUGGUUUUCUUUGCAUUCCUUCACUGUUGGCUUAAUGCAUUUGCUGAGAUGCUCCGCUUCGCAGAUAGGAUGUUCUACAAGGACUGGUGGAAUUCCACUUCCUAUGCAAACUACUACCGGACCUGGAACGUGGUAGUCCAUGACUGGCUUUAUUACUAUGCCUACAGGGACUUCCUUUGGUUUUUUGGUAAGAAGUUCAGAGCAGCAGCUAUGCUGUCUGUCUUCACAGUAUCAGCUGCUGUACACGAAUAUGUUCUGAGCAUCUGCUUCGGCUUCUUUUAUCCAGUUCUCUUUUUCCUGUUUAUGUGCUUUGGAAUGGUCUUCAACUUCAUCCUUAAUGACCGUCGGAAAGGGCCCAUCUGGAAUGUGAUCAUGUGGACUUCCCUUUUCCUGGGCCAAGGUGUCAUCAUCUGUCUCUACAGCCAGGAGUGGUACGCCCGCCAGUACUGCCCUAUGGAAGAUCCCACGUUCCUGGACUACUUAAAACCACGCUCAUGGUCGUGUCAUAUGAAGAUGUAGAAAUGGUAUGCUCCAGCCACAUCAUCGUCGCAGAAGAUGAGAAUUGUCCUCCAAGUAUUUGGACCCAUGACCUAACUCACUAUGGACUUCUUCUAAGGGAAGUUGUGCCUCCUGAUUAUUGGGGAGAAACUGUAAAUUUUUUUUAAACAUUACUGAGGCAAACCAGUUGACCUGGAUUGCACCAGGCUUCAUAGGCAGCAGUUACUACAUGCUGUCCCACUUUGAGCCAUUCUCCUGCCAGUAAAGCAUUGAGCUGAUGGUGGAGUCUACUGGAAUCUUACUCAUCCAGAGGUCCCCCAAGUUGCUGCUCUUCUGGACAGUAGAUAGUCAGAUUUGCUAGUAGCUCAUUGUUGGCGUCCGUCCAUCUUCCUUGGCCACCCCUUUGCAAUCCCCUUUUUUUUUUUUUUCUCCCUUUUGGUAAUGGGAUAUCUGCAAAACUUCUCUUCUUUGUGAUCCUGUCUGCUGCUAGGACCCAGACAAGUGGUAGAGCAACACAGGGUAUUUGCCUCCUUGCUCUGAAAAUAGCCAAAGUAUUCCUGGAUGGCUUUGAACUGCAUUCUAUCUCUGUUGGCUGCCUACAGAUUUAAAAUGGGCAGAGGAAGAGAGGAUUAUCAGUUUACUUGUGGCUGCAUUGGAGAAUCGGGUUUGGAAGCAGGGCACAGUGUGUGCAGUCUUUAUUUGACCUUCUACACUGAAAAUUAAUAUUUUCUCUGUAUUCAUUAAGUUCCCAACUGACUUAAAGCAUUUUUUGUUCUCUGAAGGCCUUUGUGACUUGGGGAAUAGUUUUGCUUCUAGCGUUUCCUUUCUCUUGCUCCAAAUAAUCAAUUCUUUUAACACAGUUAACUUGUGAUGGAGCUUUUGCUUUAAGGUGUACAAGUUGUUAAGGCUUUCUUUAGUGUGAAAGGUCUGAAGUGCUAUGGCCCAACUGUAAGAAAAUGCAAUCAGCUUUACAAAUAGGUAGUGCAUUCUCAUCUGAGAUGGCUACAUCCAGCUCAACAUCUCAGAGCCUCUCACCCACGUGUGUUGGAGCAGCUUCUGCCACUGUUGGUGGGAGAUGAGGGUUGAUGCAGUGGUUGGAGUCAGAGCUCCUUCAUCUUCUUCAUCUACCUGUGUCUGCUCUUAUGUUGGUGGGGACUUAAUUGAAAACCAGCUUCCUAGGCAUUUCCCUCCUCUUUCUGGAGAGGUAGGACAUCCUCCCACACACACUGCUGAAGGGAGAUGCGUUAUGUGACCUUGGUGUUUCAAUAUCUAUUAAUUAGGCAGAGUCUCUUCAGUUUUCUUGUUCUGCCAGAUGCUGAGCACAAAAGGGAACUUACACAGUAUGUGGGUAUGUAUUUCUACAGUUUUACUGGGACUGCACCUCCUGUUAUUGGAGAGAGAGAGGGUGACCGGACGGAGGUACCUUAACUUUGGUCACAGGGAUUUCUGAAUUACUCAAAUGUUCACUUUUUCAAUGCACUUUUCAGUAACAGCUUUUCCUUACGGACCCACAGCCCUAGGUAUUGGGUACCAGCAGUAUUGGGGCUGUUGAUGGACUUGUCUCCCAGUCCACUUAAAACUGUGUUUUUUUGUUUUGGGCUUCUAUUUUUACUAACCCGAGUCACAAGUAACUUCGUGAAAGCCAGGUGAUACUUACAGUCUUCCAGGUCUUUGGUUUCCUGUAAGAAGGGAUCUGGCUCUUCAGAUAGGACAUGGUGUCAGGUCAAAUUUGCCAAAUACAUUUGCAUAUGAGGCUCUCCUCUAAAAUAUCUCCUACUGGGACUCGUGUGUUGAAAUGGUUACGUUAAUUUCAAAGGAAGGAUUUAAUGUAUAUACUGAAACUUGGCAGUAUUAGUAUAAAAAAUCCUGAGAAUCCAAUGGGUUUCUUUCUUCUCGUUCAGUUUGAUUAAUCCUAAAUCUUUCACUGUACCUUUUGUGAGAGGAAGGGACAGAAGGGCUGGGGCAACUAAACCUCCUCUUUUUUUAAAAAACAAACAACACCAUCCCAGCCUUUGGCCAAACAGCUUUGUCACCUCCUUAAUGUAGGAUGAAAUUCAGUCCAGUACUUCUCAGUCGUGGUGCUCAAAACACUUGUGUACGCCUGUAAUUGCACUCAGAUGGGGUGUGAUGGUCUGGGGACUUGAUUUGUCUUCCUGGUGCCCGUGUCAGGUCUUGCUACUGUCUCAGUGUUCUCAAAAGGAGAUCAAAUCAUGGCACUUUGUGCCAAGUUUUGGUGUUUCCCUCGCAGCUGGCACUGUUAUACUCCUCAUAAAGAACAUCAGUGUUUACUGUGUCAGCAUCCUGAGUGUUUGAAGCCUCAGGGCUUGAGCAUCUGGCAAGCAAAAGGCAACCAGUAAGGGAUGCUCAGCUGUUGGAACUAGUCUUGGUUUUUGACGAGCUGAGGUUUUUAGCCUUGUAGAUCAAGGCAUCUGGCAACUGUGCUGUCCGGGCAUUAAUAAUUGGGGGUGCUUUAAAUUUCAUGGGUUUUUUAAAUUGCUUUUGAACAUGGGCUUAUUUUAAUUUUUCUCAAGAGUACUGGAGGGGAAAUACUAAGUCUUUUGCACAUUGGUUGUUUAAUUAGAGUCAAUUAUACCAUGUUUGUUUGAGUUUCCUUAGGCUGCGCGUGCCAGAGCUAGCAGUAUGGUGUUCUGGACAAUAGUGAGGAUGCUGAGGUUCACAACCUGCCCCUUUACAAAUUCUUAAUAAUAGUAUAUACUGUUUCCUGUGGUUCUUUGCAAGGGAAGAAUUGUGCAGCUUGCUUGCUUCCAUGGUAACUCCCUCAGUUUUGAGGUGGGAAGCUUUGGAAUGGCAGCCAAUACAGCUGCAGCUCCUUGCUCAACAACAUCACGAAAAUCAGUAUUAAUAUGGUGAAACGUGUCCUGGUUUUCAUGCAGAUAACUGUUCUCAGGGUGACUGAACCUCUGCAGAGUCUUCAUGCCUAGUACCUCCUUUCUGUUGGGAUAUUUCACUUCCAGCCUUCAGAGGUGAGGGCAGUCCUGCCUCUGAGCUGCCAACGGUGUGCUCUCCUGUGACAGCACUCUGAGUAAGGCACGGGGGGAAGAGGAGGAAGUCAUGAUG